GACACAAUGUUUAACAAACGCACUGCUACCUGGUUUGGCAUCGGCAUUCUCGGACUCGCCAUUCACCAUCUCAGCCCUGUUAUACCACUCUUGGGAGUUGGUGUCAGUGUUCCUUCCAUCGGAAGCGAAGGAUGUGUCCAUAUCACAGGUCCUUCUGACUACCAGUUUUGUGAAGAUUCGGCCCGUUCAACCACAGAAAAAGGUGUCACCUACUCAGCAUGCGAUCCUAUAAGAGAUAUAAUGAACCCAGUCAUGGACUUUGAGGUUCUUCAUGAUUUAUCAGAAGCAAAGACUGGUGCUAUCUGGAGAAUAAACUACACAAGUGAAAAUCCUCAACCAGAGAAAUUAACCGUACGUGGAUCACCUCCAGUCUCAUUGGAUUUCCAUCCUCUUGGUCUCGCCAUUGAUUUCAAUCAAGAAAACCAAAAGUCUCUAAUCUUAACUGCAAAUCUUCCUAUUCUUGGCGGUCUUGCUGGAGUGGAGAUUUUCGGUCUCGAAGAAAACGCUGAAGAUGGGUCCAAAGAACUUGUCUAUAUCCGUAGCAUUAACAAUCCACUCUUGAACGCACCCAACAACAUCCACAUCAUUCACGACCCUCGAUUCCGUGGUUCGGAUGGUGUCCCAUCCUUCUAUAUCAGCAACGAUCACUAUUAUACUCACGAUCUCAUGAAAGUCUUGGAAAACUAUCUGCUACUACCCGUAUCAACUGUCUUCUUCUACGAUGCACGAACCGAUACCCUUAAACCUGUUAUCAAAGACCUUAUUUUCGCAAAUGGUGUUACAGGAGAUGAGACCUCGCUUUUUGUGGCAGAGACAAAUAGAAUGGUCGUAAGACAGUACGAGAUUAGGAUCAAGGAGGAUAAGGAUAACGAGGGAUCCGCCCCAACAAUUUCUCUUCAAUAUGUUACAAAAAAAUCAUUCCCCAUGGCAGUAGAUAACCUGUCUUAUGAUUCAUCUAUAAAGGAAGUCAUUGUGGCUGGUCAUCCAAAGGGACUCCAAUUUCUUCAGUAUACCUUUAGUGAAAACAAAGAAAACAUGACUGUGCCUCCAUCUCUUGUUAUGUCGUGGGAUGUUCAGAGCGGCAACGUAAAGAAGCUUUUCAGCGAUGAUGGAACCGUCUACGGCACUUCUACUACUGCUUUACGUGAUAGUGAAUCAGAAACCUUGUUUAUUUCAGGCUUAUUAAAUCGCGGUGUAUUGGUAUGUCCUCUAAAGGAAUAAGGUACACGGCGACUCUUUUUUUUCCCAAUAUAGAAAAAUGCUUAGCCAUCAAACCACCAGCCAUUUCUUCAGUAUCCUCCACCUCAUCCCAUACUUAUGUUUCCUUUUCGCAAUCACCUGGUUUUCAUAUCACAUGAAUAUACGUUUAGCUACUUCAAAAUAAAAUCAUUUAAAUCUGUUUUAUUUU